AUGGUCAAAUUUCCUUCGUUGGCCUCGAUGAAGGCCGGAGGAGGAGGAGGAGGGAAUCCAGAUGACGACGAGGAGGGCGGUGGAUUCGGGUUGAAUCCGGAGGGAUCGGCCAGGUCGAAGAAGCCCGGCUCGGGGCCGACGCUCAUCAUCUGCAUCGUCGGGCUGCAAUUUUAUGCCCUCAUCGCGCUGCCCGGCCUCGUCUACAUCUUCCAGCGUGUGCCCAAGCUCAAGCACCUCUACACGAUGCUUCAACUGAUGGCCGGCAUCUGCGAGUUCAUCUGGAUCUUCUUGGCCAAGGAAUUCUCUGAGGGCCACUACUCCCUCAAAGCCGCCGCCCUCAUCGUGCUCACCAUCGUCCAGAUGCUCGCCGUCCUGAUCUCCGCCUUCGUCCCUUUCAAGAAGGUCGGCGUGCUGCAGUCGAAGAAGAGCAAGGCUCGGGCCGAGAUCUCGCACAGCCACCUCAAGACGAUGCCCACGUUCGGAGAAGCCGGCGCGUCACUGGCCGAACGGGGAGGCGCCAAAAAAUCGGGCGCCCCCGAGGUCAAGUUCGGCUCCGGGCCGCCGAUGACGCUGCCGACGACCACGUUUGGAAAGGAUUCGAAGGCGGGAGGUGGGCCGCCGAUGGCCUCGGGCGGACCCCCGAUGGCGAUGCCCGGGCUGGCGCAGCCGCUGAAGAAGUCCGCCUCGGCGUCGGCUGUCGUCCCCAUGGGAACAACUUCCGGCUCGAGCGUGGCAUCGUCAGGCACACAAUCGGCCCCGAAGCUCCCGCAAGCUGUUGAUAACAAUUCUGGACGCGAACUGCUCCCCGCCCCCACACAGCCCGCCUCGGAUCCCUCCUCGGAGAAGUCGAAGAAAAAGGAGAAGAAACGCAGCUUCAACGACUCGAAGCGCGAGCUCGAGAAGUGUGCCAGCGAGCGCUCCAAGGUCAAGAAGGACCUGCUCGCCCGGAUGAAGCUGGCCAAGGCUGGGCAAGCCGCGCCCGACUCCCCGGUAGCUGCUCACACCAAUGGAAUCCAGUUCCCGGCCACCGAUCGCCAGUGCAGCGCCACCACGCUCACGUCGAUCCGCGACACGAAGACCGUGGUGUCCCCCGACCCGAAGCUGUUCGAGCUGAACCAAAAGAUCCAGGCGACGGGCGUCGCGCUGGCCCGCUCCGAGCAGGACAUCGCCACAGCCUGCGCCGUGUCCAGCAGCUCGCUCAACACCUGCGUGCCGGCGCAGAACAGCGAGCUGAAGAUGGUCAACGAGCCCCUCGUCGAGAUUAGGCCUUUCAUCGUGGGGAUCGCGGGCGGGACGGCCUCCGGGAAGAGCCUCGUUUGCCAGAAGAUAAUCGAGAAGCUAGCGAAGGACGGGGUCAACGUCGACAAGAAAGUAAGCGUCAUCCACCUGCACUCGUUCUACCGCGACCUCUCGCCCGCCGAGCACGCGCUGGCCCAGCAGGGCAAAUACGACUUUGAUCACCCGAACGCCUUCGAGUUCAGCAAGCUCAUCGAGGUGCUGUCGGCGUUGAAACGGGGCGAGCGCGUCCAGGUGCCGGUGUACGAUAAGUCGACGAACGCAAAGACUUCAUCAGAGACGAUCGACGACCCGGACGUGGUGAUUGUCGAGGGAAUUCUGCUGUUCCUCGACCCGAAGGUGCGCGACAUGCUCAACCUGAAGCUGUUCGUCGACGCCGAUCCGGACACGCGGCUGGCCCGUCGAGUGCGCCACGACCUCCAGUUCAACCGGCCCCUCUCCGCGGUGCUGAACACGUACAUGGAGAUGGUUAAACCGGCGUUCGAAGAAUUUUGCCUGCCGACGAAGCGGUACUCCGACAUGAUAAUCCCGCAGGGUGGCGAGAACUUUGUGGCCGUGAAUCUGAUGGCCCUGCAUCUACACGAAAAGCUGCGCGAGCCGGGCACCGGACACAAGGUCUACGGGCUCAACCGCGCCGCCGAUGACGAUGCUACGAAUCGUGGUCGCCACCGGAAUCGCAACGGCAACCGCCCGCAU